AGGCCCGCCCGCUCCGCCUGCGUGCCUCGAGAGCUGGCGCCGGCGAUUCGUGUUGCCUAGGAGACGGGUCGCCGCCGCCGCCGCUUGCUGCUUGACGCUGCCGCCGCCGGCUCUAGACCCCUGGCCGGAUUUAGAGUCGAGGGAGCUGCUGGUGGUUCGGAGGUUGGGAUGAGGCGGCCAAGGGAGGAAGGAGGAGGACCCGGAGGGGGCGGCCCCGGAGCCUCCGCAGGCGGCCAGCAGCUCAGCGGUGAGUGAGGCGGCAGGGAGGGCGGAUUAAGGAGGGUGACGAGGCGGGCAGGCAAAGAAAAAAGCCUUUAACACCCCCCCCCCGCGCGCUCUUAUUCUGGAGCAGCCCCGUUUGAAGCAUUGCAGGGGGUUGGUCUAGAUGACCGUGGGAACCCCCUUCCAACUCUACGGUUCCAUGAUUCUUGUGACUUGGGAUUUUACUUCCCAGGCUCCCGUUAACUUUGGGCGGGACUUCAGAGUUCAGGCGCGAUCUAGCCAAAGCUAUAAGGGGCCUUUAGAAUCGCGUCGAUUUCAGUGGGAAGCAGCUUAAAAUGGGAUCUCAAGCAUAGGAGCGGCUUUGCGCUUUUCGUUUAUGUAUCUCACUUUUUCCUCCCAGGGGCUCGCAUCACUUAUUUUAUCCACGCAGGGAGGGGUGGAUAAGCCUGAAAGGAGGUGGGCAACCCACUGAGUUUCAGAGCUGUAUGCGGGUUUGAAUCUGGGCCUCCUCCCAGGAUCUAAUAUUACUUUCUUCCACUGUGUUACAGUGGCUCUUAACAGUACUUAAUCUGGGUACCUAAUGAGACGUGGGUUGAAAUUUCCAAGAAUGACGGUGCAGUCCGAAACGUGUACUACCCAGAAGGAGAUCUGGUGGAUGUAAUGGGAGUUGUAAGAUGGUAGAAUAAUAGUAUUGUAGAGUUGGAAGAGAGCAUGAAGAACGCCCUGCAAUGCAGGAAUCUUUCACCCAACACGGGGCUUGAACCCGCAGCCCUGAGAUUAAGAGUCUCAUGCUCUAUAGACUGAGCUAUCCCAACUCAACUAUGUAUUUCUUUAAAAUCUCUGGCUACCCUAUCUACUGGUAAGACUGGAGGGCCACAAGGGGACCAUGGUAGGGAAACACUGAUCUACAGUAUGUCAUCAAAUCCCCCCCUCCAAAAAAAAAGGAGCACCUGUGUAGGUUUUGCUUGACCAAUCACAGCUGUCACCUUCCUCAUACAAAAUGAGAUAUUUUCUAUUCACUUGUGAUAACAGGAUUGUUGCAGAGUUAGAUAGAACUAUUGGUGGGAGGCUGUGGGCUGAAAUUGACAGAUUCCAUGGCGGGAGGAUUGGUUUUGCCUUCAAGAAGCUGAUCAAAACAAAGAUCAACCACAAUCUGCCAAACAUCAUUUAUAAGCUUUUUCAUGUGGGAAAAGAAAUAUUUUAAAAUUGCUAUGCGCUGGAGAUUCAGAAAUCUAAAAUUUUCAAUUAGCCUAAGAUAAUGGCUGCAACCCUAAAUAUAUGUUGAGCUUGUCAAUCUGAAGCAGAGAAAUUCUACAUUGAUUCCAAUAGGUAGGCUUAAUGCUGCACUAGAUAGUACUGUAUUUUUUAAUGUUCCCUCCACUGAAACCGCUUAUAAACAUUUUCAAGUAAAUACAAUUAAGAGCAGAUUAUAAUAAAGUGGGUGAAAUUAUUGAAUGCAUAUUUUUUCUAGGUGUGCUGAAUGAAACGUAGAAGGGUAGGGACAGCGUCUUCUCUUAACUAUGGGGAUGAUGACAGAUGUACAAAUGCCAAGAAGAGAAGAGUUCAAAUAGUGUUCUUUAUUCACAGAAUGAAGGGUGCAGUUUCCACUUGAAUAAAAAUAUGUGAAACUACCUUGUUUACUACCUUGACUACCACUUGUCACUGUUUAGCAACAGCAGCAGUUUGUCUUGUAAAAGUAAACACGGAAAGGAAACUAAAGUAAAAUGAAAUCUCUUCAAAUAUAUGAGUAUGCAUUAAUCCCCCCUGCCAUGCAUUUAAACACCACCUGUUUCCUAUUGCCAAUGGAGCAAGAGUUUUGCCUGUGGCAGCUACCUUUCUGAACAUUUUCUGAAUUUUCUGUCAAUUUUUGUUACUGCAUUUUUAAACAAAAUAAUAAUAAUGAACUGUACAGUCACUGCUAGUUCUCACGAAGCCAGUGACAAAAUUGUUUGCAAGGUGAGCCUGAUCUGGGCAUUUAUUGCUUAGCAUUCAUGAGGUUUAUCUUUUAUCUUUAUCUGUGAGAAGUUUUCUGGAAGGUGAUCAGUGUGACCUGCUUUUCGAUUAAAAAAAUGUGAAGCAGUAUUCUAAACAAGACACUAAUGUCAACUGAUAUUUUCUUGUUUCUUUAUUUCCAGUGCAGGGACCCAAUGGUGCAACUGUUAGCUAUCAGCACUACUAUGUUUCUGCUUUCCCCUAGCUCCUUUGUGACGCUGCUGUUCAGUGCAACAUGCUUGCUUUGAGCACAGAAGGGAUUUUCCUUCCCACAGCACAAGAUCUAAGGUUGUUUACAUAAUCCCGCACAGUAGCACACCUGUGGUUUUCAUAAAAGUAUGGCAGAGUUGAAUGGCUUUGCCAUACUUGGCUGCUGGAGUAGGCAACUUGUGACACUCAACCUAAUUUUAGGGGCCUUCUGCGAGGAACCAGUUCAUGCCCUCUGCAAGUGUUGAUGGAGAGUACGCUGUCAUUGUCCCAAUUAGUGCCUCUUCAUUUGCUCAGUCAAGCAAAUGAAGUCUAAAGAUCCCGAAGUUCCAAAUAUUUGGGCAAAAUUCACAUCCUCUCUCAUUCUCCCAUUUUGCCAAUGUUUCUGUUCUUCUUUUCUAAGCUUUCCUAUAUAUGAUGUCUUCACAAAGCCCUAAAAUAACAAUAGGCUUUUUGAUCUGGCUGUCAUGCCCUGAUUUUAAACAGUGAAUGUUACUGAAAAUAAUGGCAUUUUGUUGUGAGCUAGUAUGUUACAUAGUCCUAUAUUCCCUGACCUGAGGGUGAGCCGCAUUGAACUUAGUGGGGUUUAUUUCUUACGUAGACGUAUUUCUUACGUAGUUAGGAGUGCAGUAGCCGAUUGAUAAACCAAUGUCCCAUAGUAGUUCUCUUGGUUCAGAAUAAUCACUUCAGCAAGUAACUGGAAAGGUGAUAUAAGCAUCUUCUGUUGUUGCUGCUAAUGACUUUAAUUACCUGAAGGAUGGCACAUUUCCACAGAUGGUUUUUUAGAAUGUGUGUGUUUUACUGGCAGUGACUGUGGUUAGUCAACACUGAUUACUUAGGCUUUAGUUCUACCAGUUGUACUAUUUUAUUUUUAGAAUAGCAUUUUUACAGGCAGUGUCAUCAACUUUGACGUGCUUUUUGCCCACUAAGUAUGGCUUCUGUUUUUGAAAAGUUUAUAGUUAUCCAUCUCUAGGAAACAAAUGUAUGUGCAUCAGAGCUUCUGCAGGCUCUGUUUCAGUUGUGAUGCUUUCUCUAUAAGGUUACGCCUUAACAUAAAGAGGGCAUUUCUGGUAACUAUCUUUUUACUGAAAUUUGUCUUGAAAGGAUAGCAAUUAGUCAAUCACUGAAUUACUUUGAUUCAUACAUAACUAGCUAUCUCUCUGUGCAAUUUUUCUGGUACUGCUAGGCGCAUUUGCAUUAUGACAACUUGACCUUUAUCUGUCCUCUGCUUUAAUCCUCCCUUGAUCCUCCUUGAGGAGAUUAUUGGCAGCAUGUCUUGAACAAUGAGGAACAAUCUGUUGUUUACAAUAGCAUUUUUUCUCCAUCUCCCUUGGGAAACUCCCAGGGGAAUGUGAUAUACACUUGUCUCCAAGUUCUGCGUAAGAGUCAGAAGUACGCUGUGGGGCCUGCAUAUAAUGCUCUAUGUGCCUGAUCAAAUUGUCCUUAAGAAUAAUGAUUUUAAAAAUCGUAUUAAGAAGUGGGUGGAAUGUGCAAUAAACAGAAGGGCUUCAUUUGCUUAUUCCUGCACCACCAUCCUAUUCUCUCCUUACAUACUUCCUCUGAAAGCUCUGUUAUGCAAUUAAAUCAUACCAACAGCUGUGAAAUGCUGCAAAACCAUUUAAUUUACUUCACAUAUAUUUUUGUCCUUCAGUUCCCUCCUCUAAAACUUGGCUACCCAGUUAAUUCCAUUUUAAUUCCAUUUUGACACAAUUGUCUCCUUUGUAGCCUUCAAAUAUAGCUAGGUGACAGCUUCACAGGCUUCCGGUUUUUCACUAUAUUAUUAUCAUUAUUAUUAUUAUUAUUAUUUAUCAGACAACACAUAAAGUAUCCUUUUGGGGGGUUCUAUAUUUGCUUCGUCUGUUUCAGCACCACCAGAGAAUCUCUUUUCAUACAAGCAGUAGCCUGGUCACUGAAGAUCCUCUUGUGUGCUUUAGAAAUUUUUCUUCACUGCAUUGUUUGGAUCAUUCCUUGUAAAAGCAUUCACUGUAGCAUAUGUGCUGCUAUAGCAUCUCAGUUUGGGAACUACUCUGACAUGCCUAAUAGAAUCAUGUUUUGGAGCUUUCUUUACCUCUAUGAGAGCUAGAAACCUGUAUUUAAUAAUUAAAUUGUAGAGUAUUAGAAUUGUAGCUGGUGUUGUGGCAGUCUAGAAAUGAAAACUUUGAUCACUUUGGUGACAUCCUGCACAAUCCUAUGGCAUAAUUAAGUCCCACUAAUUAAGUAAAUGAUGAUAGUAAGUCCCACAAAAUUAAGUAGUGUUUACUUUCUAGUACCGUAAGUGGGUUUAGGUAUGGUCUAAAGCAGCAAUCCUCUACACACUUACCUGGGAGUAAGUUCCAUUAAACUCAGUAGGACUUAGAGGACUUAGUUGUGAGUAAACAUGAAUAGGAUUGCACUGCUAAUAUCUCAACCUAUAUGUUGGCUUGAAAUAAUAUGUUGUAUAAUUAAUUAGCAAUCAUGAUUAUUAAUAGUCAGAAUCUGCAGUGUCAUUUCACUUGAUUCUACUGUAGUAUUAGCCCUUCUUGCUCUCUUUUUUUUAUUCUAGAGGGAAUUUUCCCACUUUGCAGGAAAGCUAGUCUGGCAUUCUGCUUGGAUUUAUCUCAAAUCUACUUUGCAUGUUUAGUUUUUAAAUAUAAAAUGUUUUAGUUUGCUUGUUGUGUGAUAGUAACAUGCUUUUCCACAGAAUACUUAAACAAAAUAUCUGUUUCUAUUAAGGACUCUUGUAAGAAUGGCAGAAUUAUUCCCUUCACUACGACGUUAUUUCUGGAUAGUGUGGUUAUAAUACUGGAAAAGAAGACUGAUGACUUAAGCAAGUACUAUGACAGAUUACUCGCCCGUGUAACAGCAACAUUCUCAAAAUUCCCGGCUUGAAAAAGAAGCAGUUUUAGCAUUUUUAAGGAUUUGGCUAACCUGUUUUUACAAAAUGAAUCGCUACACAACCAUGAAGCAACUUGGGGAUGGAACAUAUGGCAGUGUACUGAUGGGGAAGAGCAAUGAAUCAGGGGAGCUUGUGGCCAUCAAAAGGUACGUGCCAUUAAAUCUUCAUGCAUGACAGUGCAAUGUUACACAUGUCUACUCAGAAGUAGGCCCCAUUGAGGUCAGUGGGAAUUAGUUCCAAGUAGGAAGGAGUCGGCAUAUGAUGUUGGUUGCUGUUAGUGAAACAUUAACAAAAUAUUAGGUCCAGUUGUGACCGACUCUGGGGUUGCAGCGCUCAUCUCUCUUUAUUGGCCGAGGGGGCCGGCGUACAGCUUCCGGGUCAUGUGGCCAGCAUGACUAAGCCGCUUCUGGCGAACCAGAGCAGUGCACGGAAACGCCAUUUACCUUUCCGCCGGAGCGGUACCUAUUUAUCUACUUGCACUUUGAUGUGCUUUCAAACUGGUAGGUUGGCAGGAGCAGGGACCGAGCAACGGGAGCUCACCCCAUCACGGGGAUUCGAACCGCCGACCUUCUGAUCGGCAAGUCCUAGGCUCUGUGGUUUAACCCACAGCGCCACCCGCGUCCCUUAACAAAAUAUAAAUAACAACAAAUAUGUAAAUGAUUGAAGCCUCAUUCUGGAUGCUCUUUAAGCAGUAGUAGAAAUCACAUGUAAUUUCCCCCCCUGUUGGUUUGUGCUCUGUGAGCCACCUCAUUUUUCUCCCACUUUGCCUUCUGAGAUGGCCUUUUACCUUUUGCUGGGCUGCUGCUUCUGGCUAGCUGAACUGCAUCAUUGGGACCCUUUCUGCGCUGCUUUAUUUUAAGUUAUGCUGAUUGGAAUAAGCCGUUAUGGAGUGUACACUGCCCAUUCAUUUCUUACCUUUUUCAAAUUCUGUUCAGUAGCUUGCAUUGAAAUUGCUGCCAAGACUUUUUAAUUUGUUCUGAUAUUAAGUAGAGCAGGUUGUAACUUCCGAAUCGGGAAAUAAUAUUUCAGUGCUCUGUAUAAUCUACUCUACUUUCUAUCUUCUUUGUGUGUUUCACUUUUAUCUAAUAAGUAUGGGUUCCUUGUGACUUUUAUUUCAGAAUGAAAAGAAAGUUCUACUCUUGGGAUGAAUGUAUGAAUCUUAGAGAAGUCAAGGUAAUGCUCAUAUUUACUAAAUAACUGUUUAGGCCUGUGUUGGAACCAAUGACAUCAUCAUAAUUAGUUUCUCUGAUGUAUUGCAGUCUCUGAAAAAACUUAAUCAUGCCAAUGUGAUAAAGCUGAAAGAAGUUAUUCGAGAAAAUGACCAUCUUUAUUUCGUGUUUGAAUAUAUGAAGGAAAAUCUCUAUCAGCUAAUGAAAGACAGGUAUGUCCACUUUUAAAACUUUGCUUAGAUCUGGUUUGCUUUUUUUCUAGAACUCUGUUCACAGUUCUCAGUACAGCACCGAAAGGUGAUUAUUACAAUAUCAAAGGGAAAAUGUUCAUGUUUCACAUAUCUAAGAAUCUGACCUAGUUGGUAUACAGCAGAUCUACUGAGCAUUUGAAUAUUAUUGCAAGCUAAGGUAUCUUAAGCAGGUCAAUUAUUUUCCUCUGAGAAGAGCCUUUUUGUGACUCAAUUUUAAUUGGGUGCUUUUUUAUUUGUCUUGGAAGGGAGCCUUGUUUAUGUGGCACAACAGAAACCGAGAACCUUGUGUCUUACCUUUUUGACAUCCUCUGCAUCCUAUCUGUAUGUCAGUCUGAAACAAGUUUCUCUUGCAAUUUCUGAUGGAGAAAGAAAACUAGUGAACUCUUCAGAAGAUUUACUUUGUUAGCCAGAAAGUGUCAGACUGUUAUUUAAGAGUUGUACUCAACACUGCAGUAAGAGAACAUUUUUUCAGCCCAAGGAUUUCUCCUUGCACAAUAGAAUGUUCUGUCCCCUCCUCCUCUUAUGUGCCCCCUAAAUCUGUUCUGGGAGUUCCUGAACCCCCUCGAGAAGAUUUUGGAACAGAGUGGGGUAUGCAUGGGGAGGGGGGAAGUCCCAUAGUGCUAAUCCAUGCACUAGUGCACAUAUUUAAUUGAAUACUGUCAUUAGUCAGCAACAUGUUGGGGAUUAUCUAAACCUUGUGUUGCUUUUGUUGAGUUGCAUGUCAUAAAUUGCCAUCAAGAAGUACAGAUUAAUCAGUUCACCUAUUUAUCGCUUUAGCUGGUGUAAUAUAGAUUCUGUUAUACUAUUUAAUAUUUAUUUAAAGCCAUAUUUUGUAUUCAGUUGUGCUCUAUGGUCAAUAUUAAAUUAAAUGAAAUUGAAUUUUUAACCCAGCAGCUUUCAAAUGAAGUGGUCAUCAAAGCCAUAGGAUCAUUUGGGAGGACCAGCAGAGCGGCAAGGUUGCAGCUUUCUGCCCUGCUCAUCAGACCCAUCUUCCAGUCUCCAAUACUGCCAGACAUCCAUCCAUGUGUUUGAAGAGUGCAUAAAACACAGUGCGCAUAGGUACAAUUUGCAUGAUUUCCAAAUUGUUCAUGGAUAUUGACUGCACUGUUCAAGCCUACACAUACUGCUUUUUAUGCACAUACGCUCCAUUCAGAUGUUAGUGCAUAUAUGUGGAUGUCUGGCAGAACUGGUAUACCUGAACAUACCUGGGGGGGGGGAUGUAAGCUUGCUCUCAUAUCGCCCCUAGAGAAGAUCAGUGAGAAGAUUGCUAGAGUUCAAAAUUGUUUACAUGUAGGAAGAGUUGCAGAAAAGUUUAGAAUAAUUGUGAACAUCAGUCAUUGUGAUUUUAUAUUCUUAAAUUUUAUAUUGUUGGGCAUCCUUAAGAAAAGUUGCAGUGUGAAUUCACUAGAAAAAGUAAAUGAAAACUGAAUGCCAUUUUGGAUGGUUAAAUCAAGGCUGUUCACUUUAUGUGUUGAUUUACUGCAUUUAUAUAAGGCUGCUGCAUUUCAAAAUGAGAUUUUCUGCUUCAUAAGCAGAAAAAGCUUUAAUGUUACAAAAAUCUGCUGACAUUGUCAAUUUGUUUCCUCUCAGAAAUAAGUUGUUCCCUGAGUCUGUCAUCAGGAACAUUAUGUACCAGAUAUUACAAGGGUUAGCUUUCAUCCAUAAACACGGUAAGACACUUCACUAUUCUUGCUUUAUCUGAGUAAAGUAAAUGUACAGUGAUAAGCAUUUGUAACUUGGGGGGAAAUGCUUCAUGAUUUGUUAAAGUAAGAUUGGUGUAUAUUAUUACUGUUAUGCAGUGUCAGUGGAUCAAAAGGAGAAGGAACCUUCUGAUUGAUACAUAAUUCAGAUGGUCCUCUGAAACAAAGCUACAGCUGUGUAUUUGUCACUACACAAUAGUUGGCAAUUACCCACUCACCCACCCAAAGAGUGUUAUGUUUAAAUCCUUUGCUCUAUCUUCAGUUUUCAAGGCAAUAUUAAUUUUACGUCAAGUUGAAUCCAUCCAACCAUUGGACCUCAAGCAGAAGGCCCUGUAGCAAUAAAAAUAAAUAUCUAGGACUGCUCCAUAUGUUAGGCCAGUGAUGUACUGAGACAGACGCAUGGUUGUCAUGGUGACUAUGAAGCUCCAGGCCAGCCCCAGGACUUCAUGGCCACAGUGAAGCUGUUUAGUAGUGGGAUCGAUGGUACACUAAUAAGAUCCCUGUUCUGUCACAGGGAAGAAAGUAUCAAAUCAGGUGCCCAGGUGCACUGGCUUCCCUGAAAGAAAGAUUGCAAUUUUUUUGGCUGAUGCCCCCUUCCAACCCACCAGCCUGUGCUGGUUCUGUACAAAAUGCUCAGGUAGACAGAGCUGGUUCAAGGUAGAUCCACCCAGGUUUUCUGAAUACAUUGCACGUUAACCCCCUCAUCCAAAAUGAAAUCAUGGAUGGUGGUAAUUUUAUUAUUGGCUGAUGCGUUCAUCGGCAGCACCACUUGGGGAGCAGUGGGAGGCAAAUUGGCACAGUCAUUCAAACUGUGAUGGUUGAGAGAUGGUCCAGAUUCAGCCACUUCUCAGCUGGCCUGACCAUGCUUCAAACAAUGACCCUGGUUAUUGAGGUGCUCUGACCAUGCCCCCAAAGCACAUUUUCCUAAGCACAUAAUUCAAGUUGACUUUAUAUUUGGGUUCUGCAUGGUCUUUGGAUAAGCUUGACCCAGUAGCAAAGUGCAUGUAUAUAAAAAGCAGGGCUGCUGAACUCUAUCAGCUUCAGCUACCCAUGGACAUCGGUCAGGGAUGAUGGGUGUUGUAGUCUAGCAGCAUCUGACAGGCAACAGGUUUCCCAUCCCUGCAUUGAAGCAAUCUGAACCAUUAAAAACUUUAUACCAAUGUAUGAUCCAGCACAAUGUUAACACUGAGUAGUACAUAUGAUUAGGUAAAAUUACGAUUCAGUACCUUAAAAUAGUAGGAAGCGGUAAAGUGCAAGUAUCACAGAUAGAUUUGCUCUGGCCGUUAAAAUGCAGAUGCCACAGGCAGACCUUUUAACACCCCACCACCACCAUUUUUGGGACUGCAGGAUUUUGCCCUAGUUUAAAAGCAGAUGGUUCAUCAUUCUUUAAUUAAAAUUCUUUAAUUAGUUGCCAUAAUUACUAGGUGCCAGCUGCUACAGGUCAGAAUGUUCUCUGUAUUUAAUUUGAUGAACAGAUUUUUUAAAAAAAUAAGAAAUGAUAAACUAGUUUAGAAUUAAUUCAAGAGAGAUUACUUUUAUUUUCCACUUGAAUUCCAUGCCCAAGUUCCAUAUUUCAGGUAGUUGUUGAUACUGUGGUUUGUUUGUUUGUUUGUUUGUUUGUUUGUUUGUUUAUUAUAUCUUUGUCCAUAUUCACAUUUACAGGAUUUUUCCACCGGGAUAUGAAACCUGAAAAUCUUCUCUGUAUGGGUCCUGAACUUGUUAAAAUAGCUGACUUUGGACUGGCUAGAGAACUUAGAUCUCAGCCUCCAUAUACUGAUUAUGUUUCUACCAGAUGGUAAGUAUGGCUGCAUUUGUAACCCCACUUUAUCUGGGAGUAAACCCCACUGAAUUCAACAUAAAUUGCUUCUGAAUAGACAUGGUUAGGACUGUGUUGUUAUUUGGCAUGACCUUCACUUACCUUUUGCAUCUCUGCAUGAAUGUAUUCAAUUAUUUCUCUUCAUCACAGGUACCGUGCACCUGAGGUUUUACUGCGAUCCUCUGUUUAUAGUUCUCCUAUCGAUAUAUGGGCUGUUGGCAGCAUAAUGGCUGAACUAUACACACUAAGACCACUUUUUCCAGGAACAAGUGAAGUUGAUGAAAUCUUCAAAAUUUGCCAGGUGUUAGGCACUCCAAAGAAGGUAAGCUACUUUGAGUAUAUGUAAUGGCUUGGAUGCUAAGUUAAAUUAAGCAAGUUCACAAACAGAAAGUUUGUCAUCUCUUCCCUGCCGCCAUACCUCUGCAGUGGGUUAUGAGGAGGCUCCUGAGCAAUGUGAAAUAGGGGCGAUGAUUUAUUAUUCCUAUUGUUUAACAGUGGUAUACUGCUGAAAGGAAGAAAGCUGGGUAACCAGCAGUGUUUUUGGGUAGAAGGAAUGUGAGCUCCAUUUAAUUUUGUACUGAAAACAAAUUUCUGGGUUCAUAAUUCUCUAAUUUUAAAUGUGCAGGCAACUCCCCAUUUGUGUGUGAUCAGCAAGCACAUGACCACUGACACAUGUGCUGUUUUUGGCACCACAAGGGGACACAAACUGUGCCUCGGAACACCCACCCACCCUGCGUAAAUGGGGAAUUUCCUGUAUGUCUUUUACACUAGGCUCCCAUUGGUGGAUCUCAGAUUUCUAAUAAAAAAGAAAGUAGAUUCCGCAAGCCUGAAAUCUGCCCACUCCUGGUCUAGAAGAGUUCAUUCCCCCCCCCCCAGCUUUUUUUUAAAAAAUGAAACCUCUUCUUAUCUGAUGUUUCAUGACUGCUGUUGUAUGCCUUUUUCUCAGAAUGAUUGGCCAGAAGGAUACCAACUUGCCACUGCAAUGAAUUUUCGCUUCCCUCAAUGUGUCUCCCUAAACUUGAAGACUCUCAUUCCAAAUGCCAGUAAUGAGGCAAUACAGCUUAUGUGUGAAAUGCUGAACUGGGAUCCAAAGAAACGACCUACAGCAAGUCAGGUAUGUCAUUUGCAAAAUAGGUUUGUUUUUUUAAAUUAUCAUGAGUAAUUGGACCACUGCUCAUAUCAGCACCAGCUGGCAUGGCCAGUAGUUAGGGACUGUGGGAAAUAAAGUCAGCAACAUCUAAUUCCCUAUCGCAGUUUAAAGUUUAAAGAAAGUAGCACUCCAAUAGAAAGUUUGGGGCUUCUAAAUUCAUUUUUGAAAGUCAUGCUACAAACUCUUUCCUUCUAUGGAAAUCAGAUAGUUACCAGUAAGGAGCAGGUCAUUCUUAGUGGUGGCUCCAUCUUUCUGGACUGAUACCCUCCAAGAGGCAUCUUCAUAUCCUUCCUUCCUGGCCUUCAAGUAAGAUUUAACCUGUAGAUCAAAAGGAAAGGGGGAGCAAUUGACCUCAGGUGGUUGCUCAGUGCUAUACCUGGCUUUGGUGUUUUAUUCAGUAUUGGGUUGAUUUUCUUCCUAUUUUUAUGGCAUUGUGAACAGUAAAGGUGGGAAUAAAACAAAGUUGAUAAAAUCCAUAAAAGGUUAUUUCAAGCGUACAAAGCACAUCUCAUAUGUUACCUUAAUAAUACCACCCCUGUGACGUAUACCAGUAAUACUAUUCCCACGUUGUAAAGGAAUUGUGAAAUUGUUGCUUUACCAGGGCCUGUUGAACUUAAGGUUAAUAUGACAUUUGAAUUGGGAAUGUCCUGCCUUGGACUUCUGACUGCUACACCAGUUUCUCCAUUUUGCAUGCAGUUAAAAUUCCUCCUUGGCUGUUCUGUCCUGUGCAUGAUAUUGUCCAUGCCACAAAACUUGCUUCUAUAAGAUUUUGCUUAAGGAGAACUGUUUUAUCAGCCGUACGCUAGAAUGAUUGUAGAGAUUUUAUCUGCAUUCUAGUUAUCAGCAUUCUCUCUUUCUUCAGGCACUGAAGUAUCCUUACUUUCAAGUGGGCCAAGUUUUAGGACCGCCUCCACAAUAUUUGGAUCAGAAACAGUCUCAUCCCAAAUCAAUUCAAGCAGCAGAUCCAAAGCCGUCUCUAUCCAAGCUGGACCCUGUAUCAAAAUUAGAACCCGUAUCUAAGCCAGAAUCUCAGUCUUCACCAGAUGCCCUUGAUAAGUUUCAGCUGCAGUGUGUAUCAAAGAAUAGCCAGCAGCCCCUCCAGGCAAUUCAGUUGCCACAGAAUGCAGCCAAUCAUCAACCAUCAAAGCAGCAGCAGCAAUCAUUCCUUCCAGCCAUCAAUAAAAAUUCAACACCAGUAAGUUGCUGUCAAGUGGCUAUUUGCCUAUGAACAAGUCAAAAGUACUAAGUAAUUACUCUGAAGUCCUGUUUUACAUUCGUAUUAAUUCAAUAGGGUUGCAUAAUCUGCAGCAUUCUGUGUAAAUUUUGACUUGGUGUUUUAUUCUGAAAUCCAUUCUUUACAAAGCCACUUUCCACUUGUACCCAUGCCACUCCUUUCCCUCAAGCAAACUACUAGAGAUUUCUCUGAUGUCUCCUGUUUCUCUCUCCAUGGUGCUUACUUCUUUCCUUACCCUGUAGCAUGUACACUCUCUGCACACCAGAUUUACUCUAGUUUUGCAGUCAGAACUCCUACAAACCAAGAAAUACUUCCAACCACUUUCCAGUUUAGGAUAGUAAUGUACAGGUAGCAAGAUGUUUCAGAAAUAAUACAGCCUUUUUGUGUGUGUGUACUUGAAACAGAAGCAGAUAGCCAUAGGACCGUCAAAUGGCGCAGUAGGCCUAAAAAACUGUCGGCGCCGAUGGGGCCAGACUAUGUUACAGGCGAUGGAUAGCUGGGACAAUUUGGAUGACUCUGAAUUUGGGAUUUCGUAUUCUAAGAAGCCUACCAUCACCAUGUUAAGUGAAAAGAAAACAAAGGAAUCUCUUUUUAGGUAAGGCAUUAUAUUUUGUCCUGUUUUCCCUCCUAGUUUAUAAUUUGUAUGUGUGGGAGCAGGGAAGCAAUCUGCAAUAUUUGCCGUCUGAAGACCAAAAACAGGAUGAGUUGUUUCUCUAGAGCAGCCUUUCUCAACCUGUGGGUCCCCAGAUGUUCUUGAACUACAACUCCCAUCACCCCUAGCUAGCAAGGCCAGAGCUCAGGAAUGAUGGGAGUUGUAGUCCAACAACAUCUGGGGACCCACAGGUUGAGAACCGCUCCUCUAGAGCUUUUGGCCCAGUGGGCCUGAUACUUAUUCCCCACCCACCCCCACAGGCGAACAUUGACAGAUGGGCAGGGCCACUUAACUUGUUAAUCAUCUGAUGUCAUGUUGACAUCAGGUAACUCAUAGGUGGGCAGUCCCAUCCACCUUUCAAUGUUGACCCACAGGGUGGGCGAGGCAGCACCCAGCAUGCUUGAACCCUCUACCCCUUAGCUGACGUCACCCAGCUGGUGGACAGGUGGUUGUAGCUUGGGGAAUAUGUCCCAUUGGGCUAACUUGAGACCACCCCCACCCCCCAGAGCUUUACCACCCCAAGUCUGGAGAGUCUCCUAUACAAAAGCAGCAAAAUACACAAAGGCAGGCUGGACCUAUCCACACACAUUGCAAUCAUUGCCUGUGGGGUUAGUGUGGAAUUAUGGUCAGUGUAUCUCUUUGCAUCACAAUGAGGGUUGUUUUUCCCCAGAAGUGCUUCAUUUUUUAACUGUUCCCACACAGCUUCCUGACAUUCUUGCCUAAACUUUUUCAGUACGGUGGUACCUCUGGUUACGUACUUAAUUCAUUCCGGAGGUCUGUUCUUAACCUGAAACUGUUCUUAACCUGAAACACCACUUUCGCUAAUGGGGCCUCCUGCUGCUGCCGCACCACUGCGGCACGAUUUCUGUUCUCAUCCUGAAGCAAAGUUCUUAACCCGAGGUACUAUUUCUGGGUUAGUGGAGUCUGUAACCUGAAGUGUAUGUAACCUGAGGUACCACUGUAUAGGCUCUGCAUGGAAUCUGCAUUCUAGGUCUGCUUCAACUCUGCACUGAAUGUGAAAAUGCAGCAUCCCUACGAUGCUGGAAAACACUGUUGUUUUGGAUCAAGAGUUAAUUUGUGUCGUGGGUUAUCUUCACUUUCAGUGUUCCUGGGUGUAUGUCCCCCAGAUCUGGCCAAUCAGGAGAAAACAAAGUUCUGAAGAGAAAUGACUCUGGAAUAUCAACGACUUCAGCAAAACAGUACUACUUAAAACAGUCAAGAUACCUACCUGGUAAGGAGGCAGUUCUUUAAUGCUUUUGAUUACAUUGGUUGGGUGGUGGGGUUUUUUUGUGCCUUUUCUUCUGCUAGUAUACAUAGGUCAGAGGAAUAAGUGGGCAAAAAGAGGGGGGAAUCCAGGAGCUAGAACAAACUUUAUUUCAAGAGGCACAGUUUUCAGUGAAAGGUGUUGCAAAGCACAUUGUGACUUCAGCGCUCUUGUUAGGUUAUGCCCUGAAUUGGCAACCAUAUAUUAACUGUUAUCAUUAUUAUUUUUCUAAGGUGUAAACCCUAAGAAUGUCUCCUCAGGAGCAGCUGGUAAAGAAGGAUCCCACGGUAACUGGAAUAAUUCCUUGUUUUCAAAACCGAUGGCACCAAUUGGAGGACUGUCUUUCAGCAGAGUCAGUGCAGGUAAUUAAUGUAAUGGAUAUUUAAUAAUCUCUGUGUACCCCCCUGUCUCAUAUAUUUGAUAGAUUUUGUAAAAUUUAUUUACUAUGUUAUUUUUGUGAUGGUUUUCAAGCAGCGUGUGUUUUCAGUGUUCUAUUUGUAAUUCUGCUAUCAAUGUGCAGAGCAGCAAGUAUGCAGCCUGAGACGGUCAUUGUCCAUUUGUAUCAGUGUUGCACUACAUAGUGCUGAACAUGGCUGUGUCAAAUGCCUCUUGUCGGAAUGUGUUUUGUGGUAUUCAUAAGCGUCCAGAUGCAUGUCUGUGUAUGAGGGGUUCUCAGUCGAGGAAGGGAAUUGGGACAUGUAUGGGGCAAGUAUAUGCUAAGUAUAAUGCUGAAACACAGCCUGGGAAGUUUUCAUAUUUAUCCUGUGUUAAUUUACAAGUAAAUUGACCUCCAUCAUUCCUCUGUUGGUUUCAAACAAUAUUAAAGAGCUUAUAAAAAGAAAGCAAAUUACUUCAAAAUUAAAACUGUAGAUCUGACUAAUCUCAAAACAUUUUAAGUUAUUGAAAGCAGCAUAACCUAAGUUCUAGUCUGUUUCUAUGUAGACAACGUUUUUCAGGUUGAGCUUUUUUUUUUAACAGCUAUGAUUACAGUUCCAUGGCAGUUUAUUUCAAACCCUUGCAUAAUACCCUAAAUAUCAAGAUAAUCAGAAAUCUCAAAUAAAUAAGACUGCUUAUUUUGUUUUACAAUGACAUUGUGCAUAUUGUGAAAUUGGAGGGUCCGAGUUUUCUGGUAAGUAAUGUUCUGUUCUGUUCUUCAGACCACUCACUUUAUCUGUUUGCAGCACAUGGAAUAAAGCUCGUAUUGCUAUGACCCUACGUGGGGCUAGAUUUGCUUUAUUUUUCUGGGUUUGUAUUAAACCUUUGCAUGAUCAUACAGGACAGACAAAAAUAUAUAUGAAAAUAUUAUAAAUAUCCUGUCUGGGCUUUAGAGGCAGGUAAAUCAGCUUUACUCAGUGUCUUCUUUAACCUAUUUGAAGUACUCUUCCGUUAGCAAAUAAUAGUAAUUACUUUUACUGUAUUGAUGAUUAUUAGCUGACUGCACAUACGAAGGCUGCAGUCCUAUGCACACUUAUGUGAGAAUUGGUCUACGGGGCUUAAUUCUGAGGAGACAUGCAUAGGAUUGUCCUGUAACCUUUUCGUACAAGAAAAAUACACUAUGCAUUUAAAUACAGAUUUGUUAGAAUUCUGUAAUAUUCUCUUUCUAGGAUUAAUAAAGGUAAUUUGGUAUUUCAGUAUCCUAUUCCUUCAUUAUGCUUAUGAUCAUAACCACUCGCAAUUACCUUUUGCUUUGCUUGUUUGAUUCUUGGUAAUAAGUACUCACUGGUCUAGCUCCUGUUUUAGAGAUGAAUCUUUCAACAUUUACAGAACUGAUACAGCAUCCUAGAGGCUCACUCACACAUGCUGUAUUCCAGAUUGCUUUUUUAUUUAUUUUUUUGUGUGUCUUCCAUUAGUUUCAUCCAUUCAUUCUGUUUGCCUAAGGUAUUUAUUUUCAUCCUUUUCUUUUCCUCCAUCUGUUUUACUGCCUCCUCUGAAGAAGAAAACUUAAUUAAACCAAUUGAAAAACUGUCAUGCAAAGAAAGAGUGAAUGAAAAAUUAGAGGACCCAAAAGGUAAUUCCUGGCAAUUACGUUUGGCAGUGCUUAAUCUUUUGCAGGUUUUGGGUUUUUUUUCAUAUUCAAAUCAUAUUUAUUUAUUUAUUUGCUUUUGAAAAGGCAUUAAUUGUAUCAUUUGAGCUGUAGUAUUUUAGUUUGACAUAUAUCAUGGCUUUAGCUCAGCAUCUCCAAUGUGCACAGAGGAUCUUGUGUGUGCAGAAGCUUCCUUGUUCACUUUUAUGAUCACAGAGAUCGUAAGAGGCUCUUGGAUUUGGAAGAUUCCACAGGGCCAUCUGGUCAAACAUGUUUGCCAAAAAAUGAAUCAACCGCCAUCAAUCCAUCCAGUCUCUGGAUCACUGUGUGUCACAGGCACAGAGAAGAUUCUUCAAGGCUAACUAGGUCCAGAUAAUUCAGGGAAGCAAUCUAAGCCAGAUUUGUUGGGCAGCAAUAGGAGGUACUUGCACAUAUUUAGAUUAUUCCAAGGAUAUGGAAGACAGAAGUAGGACCUUUUGAACACUGAGUAGAAUCAGGAUUUGUUCACUGUCAUGAAGGGUGUGUCUUUUCCCUCAGCUGAAAAGGGAGUUAUACUUAGAAAAAUCUUUACGGAGCAAUCCUGUGUGUGUACAAUAGGGCAUACACUCAGGUACAUACACACAGAAUUGCUGCCUUACAGUGAAAUCAUAUACAUGUAUAUUUAGAAGUAAAUGUAGCUUACCCCUGGUAAAUGUGUAUAGAAUUAGAGAUGGUACUCAUGGAGCGUAAACAAUAUGUUCCAAAGUGAACUUUGUCCCCUUUUACUUUGUAUCAAGCAUUAUAGAUCAAGUACAAACUAUAACUGUUGGGAUUAGGUUUUUAAAGACCUAAGAAACCGUACAUAUCCUGUGUGACUCUCCAACACAUUUGAGCAAAGGUCUCCGGAGUUAUUUGAAAAAGUUUUAAUUUACUUCUACUUGCUUUCUCUUUGUUUGUUUGUUAUUUACAAUGGACUUAGUGUUUUGAAAACUAGGAAUAAUGAUGCUGAUAUUGUUUAUGUCUCUUUUUAUUGUGUUUCUUUCUGUAUCCUAUUGUGUUUUGUUGUAUAAACAAGAUGAACAUAUGCAAAAGAAAAUGCCAAUAAUAAUUUCCUGGGACUAGGGCUGCAUUCCAGUGAAUAUUUGUGACUGAGAUGGUGAUUCUUUUGUUGAAUUUGCAAAGGGCGCAAUCCACUACAAAUGCAUGGGAAAUGUGCAAAAGUUUCCUGAUUGUGUAAACAGACUCGCUUAAGUAUGAGAGGCUUGAAGGAGUCCUCUAAUUUCCUGUUGGUUUGUUUAAAUUUGCUAGGCACAAAUGGGUGCGUAACUUUAUGCCAUUCAUUUUAAUACAGUGGUACCUUGGGUUAAGAACUUAAAUCGUUUUGGAGGUCCGUUCUUAACCUGAAACUGUUCUUAACCCGGGGUACCACUUUAGCUAAUGGGGCCUCAUGCUGCCGGAGCACGAUUUCUGUUCUCAUCCUGAAGCAAAGUUCUUAACCCGAGGUACUAUUUCUGGGUUAGCGGAGUCUGUAACCUGAAGUGUCUGUAACCCGAGGUACCACUGUAAUGUGGCAGAGCUGUCUGAAUCAUGCUUACAGUGGCAUGCUGUUUCUUUCUGUAGGUCUUCCCGUGCCAGAAGGUUGGGGCUGAGGUACUGAAGCACUUACUUUGAGUAGAGAGAUUUGUAUGUGCAUACAAACAUAAUAAUUACAAAGUGUAGCAUACCCGAUUCUGGUUCCCAUCAGGUUUCCAGUUCCAUCACUUUAGUGUGUAAUCAGCUGGUGGGUUUCUCUGGCAUACUGUGUAUCUUUUCAAACAUCUGAAUGGUUCCAACUGCUGCUUCAAAUGAUGAUUGCUCUUUUUUGCAUGAGGGAGGAUUUUAAGCAGAGGCUGGAUGGCCAUCUGUAAUGGAUGCUUUGGCUGAGAUGACCCUCAGGGUCCCUUAAAUGUAAAGGGACGCCUGACCAUUAGGGCCAGUCAUGGCCGACUCUGGGGUUGCGGCGCUCAUCUCGCUUUAUUGGCUGAGGGUGCCGGCAUACAGCUUCCGGGUCAUGUGGCCAGCAUGACAAGGUUCCUUCCAACUCUACAAUUCUAUGAUUCUCAGAAUAUUGCGUAAUUUACAGUAGUACGGCUUGCAUCCCACUCUGGAUGAUACCAUUGCAGAGAGUACACAGUUCCCUCUGUAUCCACUUCCAAACCAUCUGUAGGCCUGGGAGGCCAUAUAAGCAUGAGGAUGAACACAACCACCUGUGAAUGACAGUGCUUGGAAGAGGUAAGGAUUCCCCUUUCCUAAUCUUUCCGUAUUUGUAGGCUUGGAUUUAAUAUUUUCUAAUUUUCUUCUUCUUGUUGCAGCUUUUCCUCUUACCUUCACUGACAGUCUUUUUCUCUUUUCUAUUUCUAACUAGAUUCCAGAGAUGGAGGCAUUCCAUGUUUCAUGCAUUUCCACAUGGCUUGCAAAAGGUUCAGCUGCUUUCUUUUGAACUCUCUGCUUUGCCUUCUGCAGUAAGGAUUCAAAGGAGCCAAUUGUGAUGGGGAACACAAUUGAGGUUACCUUAAAAAAAAGUUUCCUAAAUAAAACUGGUAAAACAAUUUUUCUUCGGUUUUGGUUAAUUAGCCAUCCUCUUCUCUUUCCCCCCUUCCCAACACUUAGAUCUGCAGGGUAUCCCGGCAGGCUGUCCACAUGCCCCCACUUUCAAAUAUACCUAAUGAAGCGCAUAUGUUUAAGAAUGCAAAUCUGCAUGCAUUCCAUGUUCUGUUGAAAACUUACACCUUUGAUUAUAACUCCCUCACCCCAACACAGCCAGGAAUACACAGAGCAGAGCUUGUUUUCUUCUGCUCUGGAGGGUAGGACCUGAACCAAUGGCUUCAAGUUACAAGAAAGGAGAUUCCGACUAAAGGUCAGGAAGAACUUUCAGACAGUGAGAGUUGUUUGAAAGUGGAAUGGACUUCCACAAGAGGUGGUGGACUCUCCUUCCUUUGAGGUUUUUAAGCAGAGGUUGAUUGACAGAUAUAAGCAGCAAUGAAGAAUAUUGAUACAAAUUUAGAUAAAGCCGAUGAACACCCAUAUUUUCAUUGUUUUGAUAUUUGUUUCCAAUAUUUGCUCAUUAUUUUCUAGUUACAAAAAAAAUGCCCAAUACUGGAAACAACCCAUAGAAAUCUGGGUAAAUAAUAUUUGGAAGGUAGCUCUAUCGGGACACCUUACUCAUCAUAGAAGGGUAAUUAAAGGCACUUCAAAGAUAGACACUUUUGGUGAGACUUGGCUUCCAUUCUUUUCCUUUAUAAAUGAGACAAAAUAUACUUUUAUUCCACCCACAAGACAAGAAUCUCUGUGGAGAGGAUACUUGAAUUGACAGUGCCCAAGUAAACGUAUUGCUUGUGUACUGCAUAUGAAACUGAAUAAGAAUGUACCUCUGUAUAAGUUACUGUAUUUAUAUGUUGUUCUUGUAUUUACAUGAAAACCAAUAAAAAUCAUUUGGAUUUUUUUUUAAAAAGUGUAUAAAAUGCUUGACAAUUUCUUCGGGGCAGUGCCUUUGGGUUUUGACCUAGGGGUAAAGACCUGUUGCAGCAGAAUUAAAUAAAUAAAUGGACGCCUUGCUGGUUAUCAUUGUUCUUGCCUGUUUAUUUAAGAUAACUAAAGUCCUACCUAGGACAAGCUACAUUUCCAUGAUAUUAGCCAAUAGUGUUGUGCUUAACGACUUCCACCCAGUAUUUUAUUUCUCUGGUGCAUUAUUUCUUCAGGUGCAUUUGACCCCUAAUACUGGAUUGGAAAAGUCAACUUUUCUAUCAGCGGAGGGUUAAUGAUAAUUCAUUCUGAGACUGCAUAGAUAAAUCGGUUCUUCUGGUGCAGAUACUGUUGUUCCAGAGAGGUCCUGGAUGCAUACAUGGGGCUAGAGAACGACAGUAAAAACAACCGUGUGCAUUAAUCUCCCUGAAAACGUCUCUGAUCAAGAGUACAGUGUUUGGGCAAGAUGCACCACUAGAAGUGUGGUGCUGGCGUUAGGACUCCAGUGGGCGUCAUUGGAGACUGAAUUUCUUAGAACCAAGACUGUACAGUGGAACCUUAGUUCUCAAACGACUUAGUUCACGAACAAAUUGGCUCCCAAAGGCCAAAAACCCGGAAGUACCGGAAGUGUUCCAGUUUUGGAAUGUUUUUCAGAAGCUGAUCGUCCAAUGCAAUGCCGCUUGCCUCAAAACUAUAGAUAGUACUAUUUCUUGUCAGUAUGAUUGUAUUUUUAGUUGUAUGCACACUGACACUGAAGAAUGAACCAGUAAGGCCUGGAGAGAAGAAAGCUGGAUUUGGUGCACUCACUAAUCAUUGGGGUUUUUGUGUUGAACAACUUUCUGUCACAGCAUUUCUACUGUCUUGUGGUUUGCCUGCACUUUAUGUAAGACAUAAUGCUUGCAUCUAAUUCCGCUGAUAAUUCUUUGUACCAGUUUUGUAUGUACCAGUCUAUCUGGGGAUGCUUAUGACACACAGGAAACUUCUCCCUUGCAUCUAAGUUUCUAGGCAAGAAGAAUAUACUAAGUUGUAACAGUGAACACAUCUUUGAAUACCUCUGAAUGACUAGUACAGUCCUAAAAUGAUCCUUCAGAUCUUUGGAAGAAUGUGCUAGGUGCUUGAAACCCCACCCCCUGGUUUAUUUAUUUUUUUAACUUUGUUCCUUUCCACAGGAAAUCCUGGCUUUGUAGGAGCUGCUUACAAUACCACUGGAUAUAUUCCUUCCUUUCACAAAAAGGAGGUUGGUUCAGCUGGUCAAAGGAUACAACUAGCACCUCUUGGUCCAUCAGCGACUGGUAAGAUUGCAUUAUUGUCUUAUCUAUAGUGAAACAAACCAUCACGUGUUUCUGAAGUCUCUAUCUCUUGGGCUUUCUGUAAGGAUCUGGGCCAGAUCACUAUGGCUGUCCUUAAGUUUUUUCUCAAGACUAGACCCAUUGAAAUUAAUGAACACGACUACAGUGGUGCCCCGCAAGACGAAUGCCUCGCAAGACGGAAAAACCGCUAGACGAAAGGGUUUUCCGUUUUGAAGUUGCUUCGCAGGACGAAUUCCCCUAUGGGCUUGCUUCGCAAGACGAAAAUACCUAGAGAGUCUGGAGAUUUUUUUUGCGCUUUCCCCCUUUAUCUAAUCUGCUAAGCCUUUAAUAGCCUUUAAUAGCCUUUUAGCAGCUAAUCCCUAAGCCUUUAAGCCUUUAAUAGCCGCUAAACAGCUGAUAGCGCUAAUAGCGCUAAUCCGUCAAUGGGCUUGCUUCGCAAGACGAAAAAACCGCUAGACGAAGACUCUUGCGGAACGGAUUAAUUUCGUCUUGCGAGGCACCACUGUAUGCUCCAUUAAUUUCAGUAGGUCUAUUCUGAGUAACAAUUAAAUACCACCCAUAAUGUAUCAUGUCUGAAACAUUAGACUGGUCUUGCAAAGGUUUUAAUUUUGAGUGUGUGAUGAGGUGUGUUUUUGUUUUUUAGUUGUCUUGAUUUGAUAAUUUUAUAUCUUAUUUUGUAUCUAAAUUGUUUUCUUUGUUGUAAGACACAAAUAUAACUUUGUUACUGAGUAGCGUAAACACCACCCAUAACUAACUGAACUGAACUACAGUGAUAAAACUGUUCUCAAGCAUAAGUUUGCCCAUUUUCAUAUUAAAACUUCACUUCAGCUUGGCAUAUUUAGUUUUGAUUUCUAUUGGCAAUUAUUUAAAGUUCACAUCUAUCUCAUUAUGUAGGAGCUAGCAAAAAAAAAAAAAAGGUUUUUAGUUGUUAUUAUAGGGUAUUGCACCACAAAUGACAUCUAUCUUGUUAACAGUAAAUUCCACAACUGCCACUGAGCAUUAACAUUGGCUUUCUGUUUAAAAACGUUAUAGGGUGUUUAUUUUUUUGUACAGCAGUUAAAGAUUUGGCUCCAUAUUAAAGUGUGGCUAAAAAUGUAUUACUUUAUGGUCUGUGAUAAGUCAUACACACCUGAAACCCCUUUGCCAAAGAACCAUUGAUUAAUUGGAGAGUAUUUUUUAAAGCACCAUAAAAGCAAGAAUCAGAAGUUCACGAAGUUCCUUGAUUAAGUGCCCAGUAAUAGAUGUGCAGACUACAGCACUUAAGACUAAAUGAAACUUCACCCUGGGGUUGCCAAGUCUUCAGCCGGACCCUGUAGCUGUUCAUUUUUAAAAGCAGGGUGAAAUGCAGGGAAUUGGCAGGUGAAACUUUUCAUGGUGUGGAGAUAAAAUGCAUCCUUUGCCAAUUGCCGUUGAUCAAAUCACAACCUAUAGAGGUGAAUUGAACAGUUGGCAACCUGUUACUUCACCUUCCAGGACCGCUUGGCCACUAUACCUUUUAAAAGUAAUGAAUAUUCUAUAGAUACCGGACACACAUUUUAUGUUAUACUCUUCAGAAUUACAUUCAUGAUGCCGGUGUAUUUUUAUUUUGACAAGGGCUUAAGUUUACAAAGGAGUAAGCUGGGAAUACUUGGCGCUCCCAUGUUUCGGAAGGUGAUCUAGAACUGUGUGUGUUUUACUGACUCGCUAUUUGCAGGUGGCUCGUUAUCUCCACCUGGAUAUAAGGGCUGUGGAAGUGGCUUUUUAGAGAGAGAAAGCGGACCCAGGGUGUGGGCAGAGCAGUCUUGAGGUAGGAAACUUAGGUACUGCCAUGGUGGGUGAAAAGGUCCCACUUCCUUAUUCUGCUUGGGCCUUGAUAGUUGCAACAAGGAAAAAAACACCAUUUAAAACCACAAACAUCAAAGGUAGAGUGAGAGAUGGGUAUCCCAACUCACUACAGAUCUAGUGUGUGAGGCACAUCGAUUUCUGUAGCCCUUAUUCCACAAAACGAGCUGUCUGGCUAGUGCCAUAUCUAGUCACCUUUUAACUGUCUCCACAUAAUGGAUUUGUCUCUAGUCAUUUACAUACAUGGACUAGUAGUUGUUGGUUGCUUGUUGGAGAAAACUAUUCCUUGACUCCGCAACCUUUAGGAAUGCAGUUACCAGUGGGAAUCCUUGCCCCAUAACUAGGGUUGCUGGUUUCCCUCCUGCCCACCAGCUUUUUUUCCCCUGAAAGAGAGAUCAGUUCUAUAAUGGCUCCCUGGUGUUCACAAAUACCAACAGCUACAGUUUCCCCAUUAAAUCAUCAUGGUAUGGAAAACAUGGCGCCCUGAAUUUCUGCCCAUCGUGCAGCUAUUAAUUGAACAGAAACUCUGUCAGGAAAAAGCUGGAGAUCUUUUUCUGUAACACCCAGAGGGAAAGACUUAACUAUUCUAUUGUAUUCUAGCUUUCUCCUCCCACUUUGAACAGCAAACAUGUUUAUUUUUCUUGUCAUGUUCUCACCUUUUUCUCACUUCAUUUAUUUUGCCUGUCAGAGCUUCCUACUAUCUGUGACACAAAGAAAGGUAAAAUUAGGAAGCUGUGUGAUAAAUAAAUUGUUUUGAACUGAUGGUGAUGUAAUGAGGAGCAUGAAUAAAGCAGUGUAUCCAGCAUACCCUAUUGAUAAAAGUUUAUGGGUUUGAAUCUCCUGGCUCAUGGAAAGCACAUCUAGGCAAAUGCUGGCUGAAAUGUGCAGAGUGGAUCACCUUCAUUAUAUGCAGUUGCCCAGGUGCCAACUUGAAAAUGAUAUUGAAGGGCCUGGGUAAGCCCCUCCCUGCAUAAUUGACAAAAGACAAAAGAUUCAACACACACUAUUUGAAUGGCAACGCCCAUCAACUUGGGGGGGCCUGGGCCCCGCAAAUAUUUUAGGGGGGGCAAAGGGACAUCCCCUCAUGGCUCCUAUGUGCAGUUGUCUUUCAGUGCCACAAGUGAUGAGUGCAAAUUGCCACAGAACUUACUUUAUUCUUUCACAAGAUUUGUAUACCACUUGAUUAUAAUCAGUGCUUUUUUCUAGAAAGAUAGGUGUCCGUCCGCACCAUGAAGUUCUUACAGUAAGUGCCACACUUUUUAACAACAACAAAAAGAGGUGCCGGUACUGCGAGUUCCCCCCUGGGGGGGAAGCGCUGAUUAUAAUAAAACCUCAAAUGCACUUGCUGAAUCUGAGCAUAUCUCUGGCAACAUCGCUUUUCUCUCCUAUCCCUGGAGUCCCUGCCAAUAGUAUGUGGGAUGAUGGAUUGGAAAUGUCAGAGAAUGACAAACUGAGACUUUUCUAAUCUUUUGGAGUUGAGUGCCAAUGUUUGCACUUCUUAAUGAAUAAGCAAACAAAGCAAUGCUUACCUACCUCAAGCUGAAAGACAUCUGAAGGCAGCCCUGUUUAGGGAAGCUUUUAAUAUCUAAGGACCAUUGUAUUUUAAUAUUUUGUUGGAAGCUGCCCAGAGUAGCUGGAGAAACCCAGCCAGAUGGGCAGGGUAUAAAUAAUAAAUUAUUAUUAUCAUUAUUAUGCUGGUCUGUGUGGGUGAUAUUCAGAAGAACAGGGUGGCAGUUCUCUGCAGUGCAAGUGAAUUCAGUCUGGAGUUCUCUUAUCUUCUGGGAGGCUUUGGUUUAGGGAGGUCCAGAGAUUGUUUACCUUGCUCCAUGGUUGGGUACCAUUCUCAGCAAUAUCACCUCUCCUGUCUGAUAUAAAUGAGGGUUGCCUAGGGCUGUGCAUCUAGUUUUUAUUUUAUUUCGUGCAGUGCUGAACUUCUUUAGGCGGGAAAGGUUAGGCAUCAUUCCCAUACACACUUACUGGGAAGUAAUCUCAAUUGAAUGCAGUUGGACUUGAAUAUAUCAAACUUCUUGGAAAGAGUAAAGAAUGGAGAAGCUAAGGAAAACAAGUUUAAUAGCCACAGUGAAGAAAACCCUCAUUAAGAUUUUGAGAAGUGCUUUUGUUAGUCCAGUUGGUAUGUUUGAAGCAUGAUUUAAAGUUAGCUUAGAAAAUGAAUCCUAUAUCUGCAUUUAUAUGUUUUGGUUGUGUGGACAGGUAUAUGCUUGUUUAAUAAGGUGGGUGGGGUAAUAUAACAGUUUAAAAACUUGUAUAUGGCAAUAUUUAGUAAGUUGAUGCUAUUAAAGGUUUGUUUCCAUAGCAUUUGAAUGAGUUGUGUAUGUUUAUUCAUGCUCUUUAUAGAGAUGUGUUUUGUAGGUUCAUAGGUAUUUAGGUGCUUGUGAGUGAUAGCAAAAAGUAAAUAUGUUCUAUAAUUUAAGGUAUUGCUGGAUGACAAGGUCCAGAGACAUUCCCAUUGGUAGCAGUUACGAUACAGGCCAGUGUUUGAAAUUUGCCAGGUGCCAGGUGCAUUUUGCACCUGGCUAUUGGCCACUUGCAACCAAGUGAAGAUGCCUGGGUGCCAGGAUGGUGCCUUAUGUCUCCGCCAUCUGGAGGUGCAUGCCUGGGGAUCCUUGGAUCUUGACUGUUUUCACACACUAGCAACACAUCCUAUAGAAUUCUAUCCAUUAUAUUUUAUCUGCACAAUCAAAAUGAAUUUCAGGAACCAAAAAGUUGUAUUGAAAAAUGUGACUUUCAAGCUGUCUGCCUCCAAAAGGGCAACUAGGCAUUCUGUUUUGGCAACUGUAACCCUGGUUUAAGGAGCCAUUUGGCACCUAGCUUAUAUAUAUCUGAGUUUCUAACACUGAUACAGCCAGCCAAACUAUCCAAGGAUGAAAUAGCUUGCCUUGAGGCUGCUUUGUUGUCUGUCCUUGUACUGCUGUAGAACUCUGUGGUUUAGGCAUAGGUGAUUAGUUGUGUGGCUUUGGUAGCGACAUAUAUGCCAUUACAUCAGCAAAAAGUGAAAAUAAACACCCUUCUUUCCCUUCCCUGCUCGUUACCAAUGUGUGCUAUUACAGCUAGAGUAUAUUUCCCCCUUUUGUGUGAAUAGUAAUAUUCAGUAUCGUGUACUAUAAACUUAUUAAAAUAAAAAACCAAUUACUCUGUUUAACAGAGAGAGAGGUAAAGUUUUAGCCACUGGAUUCUGGCUUAUAUUGACUUUUGUGUUUUUUAAUUCAGAAUAUGCAGAAUAUGCUUGGAAAACGAAAGCUGCUCGUUCUCAGUUACCAGGGCCAACAUACAACCCAGCAGCGAAAGGCAUGAACAUUUUAACUCGCCCACCUCCAGUGCAACCCAUCCAUGGAAGGACCGACUGGGCGGCCAAAUAUGGCGGGCAUCGAUAGGAGGGCUUGCUCCCACUAUCUAUGCUUUACUGUGACUGUUAUACACUUCCCUUCAUUUACUUCCGGGACGCUUUAAAGCACGUUUCUACUAAUAGAAUAUCAAUUCUGGAAAGAACCGAGAGCCUGUAUUUUAUUACCUCUAGGGGGGGAAAAAUAAUAAUAAAUACAUUUUACUUAGAAAGCGUUCUUCAAAAUAGUGUCUCUAAGGUAGGGUUGUUGUUGUUUAAUUUUGUUUACAUUACAAAGUAUUCUAUAAAGUAUAUUGCCAAAACUAAUGAGUAUUUCAACUCUUUCUAGGUAAGUUUUUAUUGGAUCCCUUUGAUGUUUCCUUUUAAAAAUGUUUUUAAAUGACAUAAAAAAAGCAAAUGCACAUGUUUACCAUUGAGAAACUGUGAGUCAUUUCUAUGCGGAGAACAGCAGAUGUGCAAAAUGUAGGGUAAAGGGUGACUUUCAAACGGAUGUUGCUUCCAGAACAUUUACAGAUAAAAUCAGAUUUGAACAAUGAAAGUCAUAAUGAUUGCUGGAGAAUAAUCUUCUAUUGCAUUGUCUAGCUAGCAUCAAAGGUCCAGAACUAAACCACAGCCAUUUGACUUUGUUUUGGAUUGCUCUAUGUCCUUAACUACCUUUUUGUUUGCAGAGAGUGAAUCCAUACGUCAGGGGUGAGGAAGCUGCAGCCUUUGAGAUGUUGCUGGACUCGCAACUUCCAUCAUCCUGGCCAACAACAUCUAGAGGGCCACAGAUUUCCCACCUCGGCCAUCCGUAGUCACCAAGCCCACGAAAAUAAGUGUUUUACAAAGGUGACACAUCCCCAAGAGCCCAUUUCAUGUUGUAUUAUGCAGGCAUGGGACCCCUCCUUGCAUGUGGAUCCUGCAGAAGUAUUGUGAAGGCUGUAAACCUUGUAAACUAUUUAACUAGUGACCAAUGUAUACAGCUUGUUUCUGGAUCUGACUUACAAGUGAGUAGGGAAGAGAUUCAUCUGUACAGCAUUUUUGCCCUAAUCCCCAGACAGUUAUCUGCAAAUGUGUACUGGAUACAAGUAUGUGGUGGUUGUUACCUUUGCAUUACACUGCAAUGCAAUGAAAGAAGCCUUUCAUUGCACAAAGGAUGUGUGAACAGGAGCACUGGAACCCUAAGGAGCCCCUGGAUUGAGGCGAAAGUUUUCUUGGAGAUCAUUUGCAAGUUUAAUCCUGUGAUUGAGAAAUACAACCUGUGGAUGGUGUUGAAGCCUGGUUUCCUACCCAGUAGGUUUAGCAUAAUUGCCAAGCCAGGAAAUAGAUGGGUAUUUUAAUUGUAAUUACUGACUGAAGACCUUUAAUCUUUGUGCUCUGCAGGCAACUUUUAUCCCCACCUUUAUGGAACCAGAGUUCUGGUGUUUUGUCACAAAUUGUCUGCAGGAAGUCUAGGCCACUGUGGGUUUUUGUGGGGGUUUUUUUUUACUCUUCACUAAUUUUGUUGAAGCAGAAAUUUUAGUUAGUCCCACUUACUGUAGUGCCUUCGCCUGGUAACCAAAGCUGAACAACUAUAGAAUUUCCUACCGGUUCCUGAAGCGUGUUUAUCGUUGAAACCUCAUACCUAUAGCAUAGAGUUAGCUGCAUUCUCUGGCCAGGGACACAUUUAUGACCUCCUUUUCCCCUUUUGGAUGCCAUAAAGUACACAGUGGCCCCAAACCUAUGUGCUAUUUCAGUAUAUUUCUGUUUUUAGUAGAUUUGCUAAUAUACUAGACAACAGAGAUACAAACUGUGGAGAGAUAUAUAAGGUCUGCUGCUUUAACUGCUAAAUGUUAUGAUAUGUAAUGUUGUAUUAAACCUGACAAUCCAAAGUUUAAAAAAUAGCAUGUAUUGUAUUGUAUAUUUUUAACUUGUAAAAUGUUAGUUAUUUGCAGGCUAACAUGUAUUUUAUGUGUUUUUUAAUGUACAGUUCUGUUGUAGAGUAUUUAUUGGUUGAUUUGAGGCUUGAAUUAGGAUUUAAGCUAUAACUCACUUGAACACAUUUUCAUAAUUUGAAUAGUUUACUGAUGUGUUAAGUGUGUUUUAACAUGAAAACCUUGAAUUAACUAGUAGCAAAAAGGGGCAAGUGAUUAUAUUAAUUCAGUAGUUUAUCUAAGCAGCUGCUAUGCAGGCAAUAUUAUGUUCCUAUGUGGAGUUGCAGGAACAUCAGACUAAUACUGUACUAGUUCCCUCAUGUUAAGUGGGGUUUCAGUCUUUCCAGGUUUACGCAGUUUCACUGAAAUGCUAUAUUGUAGGUAUCCGUCUACAGGUUUGUAUGUUAGUAAAAAGCAAGGAACUUGCCUUUCUGACUGGGGUGUUUUCAGCUGAAAAUCAUUUUCUUUUAUAAUAAAGUUAACUUCUCAGAUACACAAGACUAUAAUAGUCUUCCAUUAGAACACACACACACACACACACACACACACACACACACACACACGAGAGCCUUAACUUUAGGCUGAAGCUAUACAUUUACAGAGAACCUGUUCCAUCCCUGUAAUGAACUGUUCUGUUUUGUACCUAGACAUAAUUCUUAUGUAUGUUUUCCCCCUAGGUAGGGCUAGGAUGGAAACAUGAAAUUGACCUCAACCCACAGGGUAAAUGAUGUUAUGGAGAGAGGGGACAUUGUGGCAGUGUCCUUUAGAACAUGUGAUUUCAUGCUUAGUUUCUGGGAAAUGGUACAGCAGGGGUGUCAACUUGAAUAAAAUAUUGUGGGGGCCCAGGUAAGCCCCACCCGACAUAAUUGAUCACAUGACACAAUGCACACACACCAUGUGAAUGGCAAAGCCCAUCAGCUUUGGGGAAUGUCCCCCUCAAAUAUUUUUUUUGUGGGGGCCAAAGCCCCCACAGCCCCUAGGAGUUGGCUCCUAUGCUAACAGGGGUGCAUGACUUCAAAGUUGAGAUGUUGGUUGCGGCAGGAAAUUUUGAAAACUUAGAAAGUGUCAUUGUGAUAACGUAAUUUCUGGACUGCUUGUGUUUAUGGUGUGAUUAAAAUUGCCUGAGUCAGACAAAGGAAGAAGCAGCUCUCCUGCUACUUCAGCAGCAAGGGGUCAUGUAUUCAUGAAGCCAUUUAGGACUGUACUUUAUCUGCUUUUAGGGUCUUUCUG